GUUUCGCCGGUACCGCCGUCACCGAUCGGGUGUCGCAUCGAACCAGCUACCGGUAGCUCUCCCGGUGGCUAGUGCACGGCAAUUCAGGGCGGGCAGGGCAAGUGGUUAUGACAUUGUAGGUCUCACUCAGCCAAAUGCAGAGGCCAGACAAACACUGAAAAAGAGCCUUGGCCCGCGCUUUGCUUAGACCGCUGACUGUGUUCUUAGACCGAUAAAUAGGAACUGAGUGAGAUGACGGUGAACCUGAUUUGGAUCUAGCCAGAAAAGUGAUACAUCCAAGCCUUAUAAUACAAUGCCAGUAAAUCAGCAUCUACAGUACAUAUGCAUGGGUUAGUUUACAAUUCAGCUGGCAAGAUUACUAUGCAUCUUGUCUACGAUAACUGCAGCUAGCUGUGUCUGUAUCAAACCAAAUCCUAUGACUUCACGCUCAAAUAUGGAACCAACUCGACUUCAAAUUUACCUUGUCUGCAUGUAUUAACACAAUUGUAAUGAAUCCAUGAAAUUCAUUUAUUGAGGAUCUACAUGUACUGUAUGUGACAAGCAAGGGCUUUCAUCUGCUUUUACAAAAAUAUGGAGAAAUUUCACCAUCAUAUUAAUGAUUUGAGCGAGAGGUUAUGCCGGCUUUCUCCAUGCGAGAGAUAUUGUGUUUAAAGUGCAAGGAUGUGACUUACAUGUAAGUGCCGACAUAUUAUAUGAGAUAUCAGACAUAAGCCUACUUCGAGCUGAUUCAAGAUGGCUUCACCCGACGACAUAUGUUUCAAGGGUAAUAGUGACCUUGAGUGCAACUGUACUUCCUCCCCACCUGAACUUCCCGAAAAACCGAGCUUUUAUAUAGAACCAAGUACAACUACAACCCCACCCAACGGGACAUACACCGAAACUCCAACAACAACGCCAGGUACAUCUACACCACCUGGAAAUACGACGGUAACCUCAGUCACAAAUGAUACCCCAACUAUCACAACUACAGCAGAACCGUCAACAACAGGACCUAGUCCUAAUACUGGUAUUACGGACCAGCCUACCAUUGAGACCAGCCCUGUUACUGAUGAGUUCUCGUCUCCUUCUGAUACUAACCCCACCCCAGAGGGUGGACCAAGCUCUAGCCCCUCUAAUAAUACUAAAACUGUGCCUUCUGAAGGAUCCACUUCUAACCCAGAAAAUACGACAUGGACCACUUCAACCACAACCACUUCAUCGAUUGGUUCUGAAAGCACAACCUUGGUAACUACUACCACUGAUCUCAACACAACACAAGGCAAUGAUACAACAACCACAACGCCAGAUAAUGGCUCGCCAACAACUCAAGAUGCUGUCACAGGUACUGCGUCCAUUGUACCUAGCACAAGUGAUAUGAAUAGUGGCAGUACAUUCGGUGGCACCGAAAUAAUCACAGAUAUUGCAUCUACUGUUGGUACAACACCGUACGAUGAUGGCACGCCCCCCGUGGAUACUAGUAGUAGUACUACCAAUACAGAUAUUUUUACAUCAGACGGGACAACCUUCUCCAAUCCCACAUCACUUGAUCCGACGGAAUAUACUAGAAGUAAUGGUAUCACUGAAAUAAUCACAGAUAUUGCUACUGUUGGUACAACAACAUAUGAUGAUGGCACGCCCCCCGUGGAUACUAGUAGUAGUACUACCAAUACAGCAACUUCUUCAGACCCUCCAUUGGAAACACUUUCAAGAGCUACUUCUUCGAACCCUCCAUCGGAAACAUUUUCAACAGGCUUACCCAAAGGUACAUCCCCUAUAAAUGAAAAGACUCCUCAUAUAACAACGACGGAAACAACAGAGGUGCUUCCUACAACCUGUCACCCUAAUGCUGUCUGCGCUAAUGCAGCAACUUCAUCUGCUGGUCUCAUCGCUGGUUGUGUAUGUGGGGCAGUUGCCGUCAUUGUCCUCUGUGGAAUCCUGAUAUGGUAUCUCUGGAAGAAAAAAAAGGGUUGUUUUGCUCCUGAGGGCAGUGGGGGGAAAAAUGGAUCUAAAGAGUGUUUGCCUGAUCAUGAACAGAAUAAUGUGGAACUGAUGAAAGUCGAGAAAAGGGGGACGGUCAUACUCACCCCUGUAACCAACCCAACAGUUACGCCUGGACCUCUGCCACCAAUUCCUAAAUCUGAAAUAACUCCCGUGAAUCACCCCAGCACAGAGGAGGCAUCGCCCUCACACAGCGCAGGGAGCAAACCGGGCAGCGCUACGUCCAAAAAGAAAAAGAAAACGAGCAGAACGAACAGGGUUAGUCCGGAACCCAUUCCUGGUCCUACGUCACCAACAGGAGGAGGAGGUGGAUAGCAAGAGACAUUCCGAAAUGCUCAUUGUACAUUCUAAACUCAUCCUUGCUAGUUAUUAUUGGCUGGUCUACCACAAGCAGUGCCAUGUGAAGUUGCUGACAUGGGCAAUUGAUGAAUGAAGGAAAUUAAUCGGCAACAUCAAAUUCAUUUACAAUCACAAGGAUGUGCAAAAUGAUGAGCCAGGACCUCUUAAAAUAGCAACUCAUGCUUGUGGGCAAGGCCCUACGGCAACACUUGUGGGCACGACAAGAACAGUUCUUGAUGACGAUGACUUUGAGCAAAAGUGUUACACAGUUUCGUUUGGUCUGUAUCUCCGUGGACAAAGCCAUGUUUGCUAAAAAAAAGUUUUUCUAUACCCUACAUCUUUAGCAGAUGUAACUGUAUGUAAAGAAAAUUGUGUGUUAUUCAAGAAAGAAGACAAAUUGUGCAACUGCCGCGUCAGAUAUCCAGUGUAUCUCGAAUCCGUCCCUUCCUCUCUUGGUCUAUGAUGAGGAUAGAUUGUUCUGGAGAUGAUGCUUUCUAAGGACAGUAUUGGCCAUACAGUGGUCAAAGACACCUUGUGCAACCGCACUGCUGCUGUACUGAACAAGGUUAGACCACUGCCCUGGUGUGACACUAGUCUCAUCUGAUUUAGCGUAUACAUCGCGUCUUGUUCAAAGAUGCAACCUGUAGGUAACAACAGUAAAUACUGUUCUUUCGACUUUGGACAAUCUCUGAUAGCAAAUGAAAUUUUCUUGUGUCAGCAUGAUCGCCACAAUCCACUGAUUAGAGGCUCUUUUUAAUAGCAGAUAUCAGAAGAAAUACUGUUCUUUGGACAUUAACAAUCUCCAAUGGCCAUUGGAACAUACUUGUGUCAUAGGGAUACUGUAUGUUUGCCAUACCGUAAAGAGAUUGUUCAAGAAGCUCCCACCAUGUAUCAACAGGGUGUACAGGAGGAGCAUUUCUACAUUGAAUGACACAUGUAUGCCAUAUAAAAAACAUCCAAACUCUUGUUUGUCGAUGUGGCCACACACUGAGUCCGAUCUCCAUUGGUAAAAAUUCCAAUUUUCAACAAGUUUCUGGAUGGAAACAAAUUUGGUAUUUCAGUUUAUUGUAAGAAAGGUUCACCAUUCAUGCUUAAAAUCAAGCUUAACUUACAAACAGCUUCAUAAAGAGACCCCCUAGUUAUUUCAUAGAUGCUAGUGACCAUAAUUUCCCGAUGCUACUUUUCUCUGAAGAGUGGUGUCAUGAAGUCUGUAACAGUCAUCCGGGCCGGGCGCUGGUGAAACAUCAUUAAUCAGUAGUCAGCAGCACUCUUCUGUGUUUCAUAUGUAUAUCUUCACUUCUUAAAAAGACAAAGACAACUUAAGGGUUUCAUCGGUAACUGCAAUUCUGUUGGUGGUGUGCAAUGCAGUGUAUGUCUUUCGUUCAUGAUCUUGAGAGUGGAUUCUCUAUAACCAGUCAUUCAUGUUUUAUAUGAUUUGUUCAUCACUGUUUUACUGACAAAAUGUACGCAAUUCAAUUGAAUUGUUAUUGCGUUGGUGUACACAUACACAUAAAGAUUGAUUGAACAACUAUGAAAGUGUGCAGACAUGCCAACCGUUCCCUUUAUAGAGUAUUUCUUCCUCUUUUUUGCUAUGAAUACACCAAUACUUUUUUGUAUGAUUUGCUUUUUUACUUUUUUGUUGAAUUUCAGAUCAUGGAGUAUGUAUUGAAUGGGCAUGACACUAGCGGCGGUCCGACAGUCCCAGUUCGGUAAAAGCCACUGUCCAGCCAGUAUUAACUUGUUACAUGAAAAGAACAAGUAAAUUCUUGCCUACAAGCCCAUGUUUAAAAGGGUGAAUUAUAAAGUUUUCAAGAAGAGUAAUUUCCAAUAUUUCUUCACUGAUCUCACUACAAUAGGCUGGCGAAUGUUACGUUGAGACAAUUUUUUUUUAAAUACUCUUUUUGUAAAAAAAAAAAAAAACUUUUUUUUCGUUCUAAGAAUACUUUUUGUGUUGUAGAAGGUUGGCAGGUUUGAGUGUGUGAAUCUUUAUAGAUGGUUCAAAUGUGUAAGGGGUCAUUUGACUGCAAUCUGUCAUGUAUAUAUACAUGUUUAUAGAGGUGCAUGUACAGUACAGUGCAGUAAUUCCAUCUCGUACAAUACUCAUUGUUCCAUUAAGGGAUGACAUGUUAUCGGGUGUUUUUCAGGCACUUUGUUGUUUG